AUGACACUUGUUGCGCAGAAUAAACACAACAUACAAUUUGCAUCCGAUGACAACCUUACAUUUUACCCAGCAUACUGCUACAAGGCAUCACCUACACAUUUCACAUGGGUGAAGUUAAGCGCAGCAGACGUCCAUCGGUUGAGACGUCGGAUGGGAUAUGAAGGACAGAAUAUCCAUUUUUACAAGAACCACCCGAUCCAGUUCAUCUGCUUGGCGGGUGUGAUUGUUGCGCGAGAAGAGCAGCUUCGCAGAACAGUGUUGACGCUAGAUGAUAGCUCUGGGUCGACCAUCGAGGUUGUAAGCUCGAAGAUAACGCCCGUAGACCAGCCACAAGCGGAGCCGGAGCCAGUAGAAGCAGCGGAGGAAACAAAGACAGUGAUGGCAGCGAUAGGGGCAAUGUCGGCUUCUCCAAUAUAUGUAACAUCCACCACCCAUGAACCACUGGACAUCACCUCUCUAGUGCCCGGUGUAAUAGUCAAGUUGAAAGGCACGGUCAUAACAUUCCGCAGCAUGAGACAGCUGCAUCUUGAACGCUUUGUGCUCCUCCCCGAUAUGGCUGGCGAGAUGCAAUUCUGGGAAGAGCGGACUCGGUUCCUAGUUGACGUGUUGAAUACCCCGUGGUACCUUACUCCGACGCAGGUUGAGCAACUGAGGGUUGAAGGGGCUGGUGAAGAGGAGAAGAAGAUGCGGAAGACCCGGGUUAGAGAGAAGGAUAGAGUGAAGAUGGAGGCUAGGAGGAAGGAAAUGGAAGAAAGAGACCGGGAGAGGAUUGUUAGGAGAUACGAGAGGGAAGAAGAGAUACGGAGGAAGUACGCCGAGAGGUGUAAGGAGGUUAGCGGCAGGCUGAAGAAGGUGAGGAAGAGAUGA